AUGGAGGGUGGUGGUGGUGAAGUAGUGAGCAACAAGCAAGUGAUAUUCAAGGACUACGUGCCUGGUGUCCUUAAAGAAUCAGAUGUGUACAUCACUACUAGUACUAUCAAACUCAAGGUCCCAGAAGAUUGUAAUAAUGGUGUUCUUGUAAAAAAUCUUUACUUGUCUUGUGAUCCUUACAUGAGAAACCGAAUGAGAAACUUCCAAGGCUCUUAUAUUGCUCCCUUCAAGCCUGGUUCGCCUAUAAGUGGGCGUGGAGUGGCUAAAGUUUUGGAUUCAAGGCAUCCGGAUUUUAAGAAAGGGGACUUGGUUUGGGGAAUGACUGGAUGGGAAGAGUACAUUCUGAUUACAGCAACAGAUUCACUAUUCAAAAUCCAGGACAAAGAUGUCGAUUUAUUGAAGAAUAAGUUUGGGUUUGACGAUGCUUUCAACUACAGAGAAGAGUCGGACUUGGAUGCAGCUUUGAAAAGGUUAGCGGCAAAAUUUUCUUAA